GUUCUUCUAUUGCUCAGCUAUUCAGCAAGCAGAUAUCUGUUGGAUAAAAGACAUGGAGCAGCAAUUCAACACAUCUAUAGUUCAUCAGAUGCUACAAGCGUGUCAGCAAACGCAAGACUGCAGUACUCAACAACAUCAGCAGCAGCAGCAGCAGCAGCAGCAGCAACAGCAGCAGCAGCAGCAGCAGCAGCAGCAUGGAGGGACAGAAAAAGUUCCACAACCAAAAUAUGAUGCUACUGAUGAUGUCCGUGCACUGGAAAAAGCCACAAAACCCAAAGAGGUUGAUGAAGGCACCAUAAUUGAUAUUAUUACGAAGAGGAACAAUGACCAACGCCAGGAAAUUAAGGCUGCCUAUGAAAAGCUGACUAAAAAGCCUUUGGUUGAAGCACUAAAAGCAGCUCUGUCCGGUGAUCUUGAGGAGAUUAUACUGGAUUUGUUGAAAACUCCACCUCAGUUUGAUGCAGAUGAGAUGAAAAAGGCUACAAAGGGUCUUGGGACUGAUGAAGAUUGCAUCAUUGAGAUUCUGGCUUCCAGAACAAAUCAGCAGAUCAAGAAAAUGAAGGAAGCUUAUGAGAAAGAGUAUAAAACUACUCUUGAAAAAGAUAUCACAUCAGACACAUCAGGGGACUUUCAGAAGGCUUUGCUUAUCCUGUUAAAGGGUGAAAGGAAUGAAGAUUGUUAUGUAAAUGAAGACCUUGCUGAAAGGGAUGCUAAGGCAUUAUAUGAAGCUGGAGAAAAAAAUAAAAAGGCAGAUGUUUCUGUAUUCAUUGAAAUUUUUACCAAACGGAGUUUACCUCACCUGAAAAGAGUGGUCCAAAAAUAUGUGAAAUACAGCAAGCACGACUUGAAUGAAGCACUGGAUCUGCAGAUGAAGGGUGACAUCGAGAGUCUCCUGAUUGCCAUUUUGAAAUGUGCUGUGAACACCCCGAAAUACUUUGCUGAAAAGCUGAAUCUAGCAAUGAAGGGCCUUGGAGUACGUGCAAAAGCACUUAACAGAAUUAUGGUAUCACGUGCAGAAAAAGACAUGAAAGAGAUCAAAACUGAGUAUAAGACGCUUUAUGAUAUAGCACUCCGCAAGGCCUUGAUGGAUGAAACAAAGGAUGAUUAUCAAACUGUUCUUGUGGCACUGUGUGGAUAUGAUUAAAAGUCUUCAGCUCUCAAUCAGGAAUGAAAGAAUAUACAUUUUAACAAUGACAUGAAUUAAUGGAUUAGCAAAAAUGAUUUUCCAAUACCUUAACACAUUCAAACGAUUUUUAUACCAAACAAAAAUAUUCAUUUCACUGUUAUACAGAGAAGAUUUCAUUUCUAUUGGUUCUUGAGUCAUUUGCUUUCUGUUACUAUAAACAUAAGAUGGAAAUCUGUAAUAUUCAGAUUGGGAAUUUAUAUUCAUUCUGUCUGCAUUCCGUUUCUUUCCCAGCUAUGUUUUUACUUUUUUCUCUUUUUCUUCUCCAUUUUCUAUCUUUUGCUAUUAUUGUAUAAAUAUUGGAAAAUGAAAAUCAAUAAUAAAACAAUAUUAUUUUUUC